AUGUCCGCCCCAAAUGCUCCUCAAGACCCGCCGGUGAAGAAGCGCCGCAGACCGGCCCUGGCCUGUGAGCAAUGCCGACGCCGAAAAGUCCGCUGCGACAGGACUUCUCCUUGUAAUCACUGCUCCAAGUCCGAGAAUCCGGAGCAGUGCACAUAUGUCCCCAUCCAAGUGCCUAAGCAGAAACGGGCUCCUCGUCCGGGUGCUGCCACCAUUGGCCCGGUGAGCAUCCUCCCGGCACCAGCUCCGACGCCACCAGAAAGCCAAGGCUCUACAGGGAACUUUCUGCCAGUGCUGAACUCUUCUUCGACGCCGGCUACAGUAUCCGAGUCUGGAGUUUCAGACGUGCGUACUCUGGAGCGGAAGUUUGAGGGAGUGAUCCUAGCAAAUGGACAGCCUCCAGGUUCAACUACCGAGAGUAUUAUAGGCGAGGGGACCGAAGCUACCAACGCCACUCACAGGAUCCCCAAGACAAGAUAUUAUGGCCAGAGUCACUGGAUGAAUGGGCUGAGUCUUCUCCCCGCAGGAUUCGAGAGUCUUGUCAACCCCAAAUCUACGACAAGCAAUCUCCACACUCUCCUCAGCCAGUGCAAGAUACUCGGUCGACGCAUCAAAGAGCAUCGCCUGCAGUCUACCUUGUCGAGCAGCCCCCUCGUCUCUCUCGACAUCCCACGUUCGACUGCCGAUCGCCUCCUAGAUCUCUACAUCUCCAGCUUCGAACCCGUGUUCCCGAUUAUGCACAUACCUAGCUUCAAGGCCGACUAUGAUCGAUACUGGAGUGACCCCGGCCAGGUUGCAACCGUCUUUCGAGUGCAACUCCAGCUCGUGCUUGCGCUGGGGGCCUGCCUGUUCGAUGACACCUUUACCCUCCGCAAUCAAGCUUCCCGAUGGGUGAACGAGGCCCAACUGUGGCUUCUGACUCCACCGGAGAAGAGCAGAAUAACCAUUCACAGUAUACAAAUUAUGAUACUCUUGACUCUCGCAAGGAGUGUCUGCGGCAAAAUCUGUCACCUGGCAGCCGUGCGGAUGGAGGAAGUGCACGUCUAUCGGUUGCUCUGGCCCUCGCUCAGUCACUUUCCCCUCCGGCUCAAGAUACUUCGGCACGCCAACGACUUUCGCGCGCAAGACUCGUAUAGCGAGACGCUACGACUAAACUCGGAGCUUGUUCAAGCUUGUCACCAACUGUCUGAGACGCUGAAGAGGCAUUCCAGUUUGCCCAAUGGCACGGUAGUCACACAAUUCCAUGCCUCACUGGCUGAGUUACUGGCCUAUCGGUGCUUCCAUACGCUACAUCAGCCAGUUAUUGUGCGCUCGUUGAGUGACCCAAAGUACUACUUCUCCCAGAAGAUGUACAUUGACGGGGCGCUCAAAAUUGCACACAUCUCAGGGCUAGCUGGGGUAGGCGUCGAUGAGAACAAUGCGAGCCGACUAUCUCCCAUGACUGCAUCACACGGUAAAGGCGUUGCUUCUCAUGAGCAGUUCCCACUGUCUCAUCAUCAAUCAAAUGACACCCGAGCCUCCGGGGACAACCAAGACGGCCUUCCGAAUGUCCUGUUCACCCGCCUCCUCACUAAUGGUGCCGGCAUGUUCCGUAACAUCCCCAUCCAAGCCACUCUUGGCAUUAUCGUUGAGUUUGUCAGUAAAUGGGGAGACAACUCCGCGACCGGGAGGGCGUCUUCUGGGAUUGGCUGUCUCCCUGGCAUACACGGCACGCGCGAAGCUGAUUUUGCGGCUCUGGCAUCCUUCCUGAAUGCGGCGCGCGGCUGGACACUUCGCCGCAUUCGUUCGGGUGAAGUCAGCAUAAAGGGCCACUACUUUUUGACUUGCUAUUUACUGCAUGUGUCUGCAAUUGAGCAGGAGAUUGACAAGGUUGCCAUUGAGGGCAAUAUCAUGGCGGGGGCGGUAGAGGCAGCGGAGGAGUGCGUCAAGGAGCUGAAGUCUAUGGGGGUAGCAAAUGGGUUGUCGUUGGAAAUGCGACUGGGAAAGAAUUCGGAAGAUUCCUCUUGGCUUGAAAAUACAGAGUUUCUGUCCUUGGAUAUAAAUGUAUCUGACUUUGGUGACACGGCCGUCGAUGCAAUGGACAUGGAUUGGAUGGGUGGCUGGCCCUUGGAUGGCAUGUCGGAUUAUAUCAACUACUCCUAG